ACUGCUCUCAGUUGUAAUAGAGUGAGUGAAAAUGUCUCUGUUAAAGCUCUUGAAUUUUCAUCACAUUCUAAUGCUGUCUGUAUUCACUGGAGCAGCUAAUGGAUAUUAUUGCUACCAGUCGUCACAGUGCAUCUACAGCUCCCCUGAUCUCAGUGACAUGGUGUACAUUGAAGGCUUUUACUUCAAUAAAUAUCUAUUUGUGAAGUUCAACAGCACUGUGGGGAAGUUUGUGGGGUUUACAGAGUUUGGAAUGAGAAAUGCAGAGAUCUGGAACAAUGAUACAAACUACUUACAGAUGACCAGAGCUCAAGUUGAUAGAUUCUGCAGACAUAAUGCUGAACUUAUGGAAGUAGCUAUCUAUAAUAAAACAGUGCAGCCGAAGGUGAAGCUCAGUUCAGUGAUGCCAGGCGACAGCAAACAUCCAGCUCUGGUCAUGUGCAGCGUGUACGACUUCUACCCUCAACCAAUCAAAGUGUCCUGGUUGAAGGAUGGUGUAGUGGUGACUUCUGAUGUGACCUCCACUAAGGAGCUGCCUAAUGGAGACUGGUACUAUCAGAUUCACUCUGAGCUGGCAUACACUCCCAAAUCUGGAGAGAAGAUCUCCUGUGUGGUGGAGCACACCAGCUUCACCAAACCCAUGAUCUAUGACUGGAACCCUCCGGCCCCUGAGUUUGAGUGGAAUAUUCAACUAUUAUUCACUAUUGAAUCUGUUGCAUUGCUGCUGGGAAUCAUCAUAGCAGCUGCUGGAUUCAUUUACUUCAAGAUCAAAUCAACAGGUCUGUAGAGGUGCUCAUACUGACUGAAAGGAACCUCAUCAUGGAGAAGCACAAGCACAAACUCUUCAUGACAACUAUCAUACACAGUCUAACUCUUCAAAUGAUAUUUCAAAAUAAAACAUGAUGAUGUAAAUAGAAUGAUAGCCCUGUAUGUGAUCGAUAUUUCUGGCUAAUUUUUAGGCGAUAUUGACAGUAAUAAUGUGAAUGAUUGAUGGAAUUACACUUUCUCCUCUUGUUCUUUCCACUGCGUCAGUUCCCUCCCUCCUUCUACAUCUUUCACUCUUUCUCUCCUCCUCACCCUCCACUUCCCACUCCACCACCUCUUCUUAUUCUUGUUCUUUCUCCACUUUCCACUAACAUUUGUUUGCUCUGGGAAUUCACAUCCCCAUUUAUAGUUCAUUUAUAGCUGUGUAAGCAGUUUAAUAAAACGCAUUUUCUGUGCA